UUGAACGGAAACGUUGUGUGAUGUGUGUUAAGUUUUUCGAAGGACCAACGUUUACGUCGAUUCAGAACAGAUAAGUUGUGUUCCUGUGACAGACUCAGUGAGCGAUGAAUGAUUCUGCCAUUCCCUCAGUGUUCUCAAGUAUGAUGCCCUUCGACUCGAUAAGCCUCUACGAGCAGCCCAAGCCCAGAUUUAUUUUCAAAAUGCCCCGGGUGGUGCCCGACCAAAAAGCCAAAUUUGAGUCUGAUGAGCUUUUUAGGAGACUGAGCCGCGAGAGUGAGGUGCGAUAUACGGGUUACAGAGACAGACCCCAGGAAGAGAGGAUGGUCCGCUUCCAAAAUGCGUGCCGUGAGGGACAUACAGAAAUCGCCUUUGCGGCUACCGGUACCAACCUGCAGCUGAUGUUCUCACCACCCACCACUGGCUACAUGCCCGACAAGGAAUGUGAUUUUGACAAGGAACAGGGAAAGGUCCACAUAAAAUCCGGCUUUAUUAUGAACGGCGUCUGCGUCAGAUGGAGAGGCUGGAUCGACAUGGAGCGCCUCGACGGCGUCGGUUGUUUGGAAUAUAACGAGGAGCGGGCGGCGCAGGAGGACGCCCUCCUCAGGGAGCAGAUCGAGAGGUACAACCAGCGGCUGCGAGAGUUCGAGGACAAGCAGCGGGUGUACAGGCAGGACAGACCCGAUCAGGACUUAGAGGUACGUCACGCGGGUUUGCCCAUGCAGCAGAGGCACCACCAAUACAUGAAACUGUUCUGACGGAAGUAGGUGCUUGCGUUGUUCGAAGGGUCGUGGAAUUGUUUUUCACGAAUUUCGAUGUGAUAUUCUUCACACUUGUUUUUUGGUGGGCCCAGAUGAAGGUCCUUAGUCAUUUCGUCCGGAUUUAUUUUUUGUGACUUAAUGCUAAUAGCCUCGCAUGUUUCAUUGAUACAUUUAGAUUACACAUUUACAUAAAACUCGAAAUUAGUAGCCAAAUUACUAACAGUCGAUAGUAGAGUGAAGUUGCUGAAUGUGGAGUAAAAUUUGUUUUUAAUGAAAAAAAUUGAAAAAAAUAUUUUUAGCAACCAAAUUCCUUAAUUUAAUAAGUUAAAGUAUAAGUAUAAUAGCGUAAAUGAUUGGUUAUUUGACAAUACAUAACUUUAAAUAAAAUAUCAAACUAAAGAAAAGGUAACAACAAAAUAUAAAAAAUAGACUGGUAGGUAACGUAUAAACGUAUAACAUACUUAGGCAUUUUAAGUAAUGAAAUUGCAGAGUAACUGAAAUUCAGAUAUUUUACAUAAAGAUAAAAAAGAAUGAGCUUUAUGUUAGGAAUAUUUAAUAAUCAACAGAAAUCACAGAUAUAAGGAUCAUUUUCCACAACUGAAAAUUCUUCGUGUUGUGCCUAAUAAUUGUACGUUAUUCAAAUUUUCCACAUUAUUUUUUGAAAUUUUUUCAACGUUAAACAUAUUUCGAUCAGGAUUCUUUUUCUAUAAAAUUUCAGAGAUUUGAAUUAAUUGUAAAGAAGAUGAAAAUAUUAUUAUGACUAAACAUUUAGUUUAAAUUAGGUGCAUACUUGUCAUAUUGCCAUGUAAAUUAAAUAAUUUUGUUGUUCAAAUUGCUAUCAUUUAAUCGAUAUUGCUCACAGUUUCCUUCAAAUCAGGGUAUUCUAUGAUCCCUAUUCCACAAUCGGCUACUUUACUAAUGCAGUGGCGUACAUAGAAUUUUGUCAUGGAGGACGACUAUUUAAAGUGAGACAAUAAGAAUAUUUUAUAGACUGUUAAAGAUACACUAUGUUUCAAAUUACAACGAAAUUGCACAGUAAUUUGUCGAAACUUUUCCUGAAAUUAAAUCUGACAUAUUUUUUAUCUUGCACUACACUUGAGAGAUUUUUUCUAUUUGUCUGUGUUUUGAGAUGCGAUAGACAACUUUCUUUUCUUAGGGACACAUCAAGGGUUAUUUUUAUGAUUAAAUAAUGAAAAAAGUUAUGAACCCAGUGGUAUGUUAUCGGCCUAUUAUAAAUUAAGAUCAAAAUAACAAUCUGAUAGUCUCUGAACAUGACAUUUCAUGACAUAUUGUUGGACAAUUAAUUUAUUUCUUUGUUUAAUCACAUGAGAGAACAAUAUGGCAUCCACAAGAAAAAAAUGGUUAUCAUAUCUAGAAAACAAUGAAUUAUAUAGAAAAUCUCACAGUAGUAAUCAAUAGGACAAACAAAUUACAGCCCAAAAUCCGUUUCCUCAUUUAUUUAUUAUAUCUCCACAGAAUUACUUGAAUGUUCUAGAUAUAAUUUAAGAAAUAGUUUCAGCAAAAUAUUGCGCAAUUUAUUUGAGCACCCUGUAACUCUAAGAGUUUACUAUGUCUGAGUAAUCUCCCAUUAAACAGUGUUCUAAGCCGGAAAACAGAUAGAAAUUACUAUUAUAGCUUACGUCACUGGUAGGAUUUUUGGCCAAGGAAUAUUUAAAAAAUAACAAUUUUCUGUCUGUUCUAUGUUUCUUCUUUUUAUUGAACACCUUUAGAACUCUUAAGUUACAAAUAUUAAAAAAAUAAUAUUUAACAUUUAUAAACUACUUGCAUCUGGAGUAAAGAACUCUAGAACUCUAGUUAGUCCUGAAGAUGUUCAACAAAGAAACGAAACAUUUCUUAAAUUUUAAUUCGUUCAGAAAAUCCACUAUAUACCUACUACUUACUCACUGAUUUAGUUAAUUUUUCUUUGUUUUUUUCGGAACUCGUGAAAAAUGUCUCGAAUAAAAAAAUUGUAGAUGUGUUGUCAAACCUUUGACGAUUUUGACACAGGUAUAUUAUAAUCACGAUAUAAAAAAUACUCAGUUCUUUACUGAAACUUAUUUUAAACGUUACCAAAUAAAUCUACCUUUUGAUAAAGGUAUAUACAGAGGUUUAAAUAUAGCAGUUAAUAAUUCUAAAAGCACUUUUAAGUCCAAAAAGAAACUUCUGAAUUUAUUUCAUAACUGAAAUGUUAUGUGGGAUAGCAAUUACCCCACAAUUAUUUUUAAGACUUCAAAUAUUCUUUUAAUUUGACAAAAAACUGUAUAAAAAGAUUAUUUAUAAUAAUUAUGUAUGUAAAUUCCGUAAUCUAUGACAAAUCUCAAACAAGUAAAAUGUAAGGUAUUUUGAUGCAUAGGUUAUUUUGUUUUAUAUUAUAUGAUGAGUUUUGUAAAUAUUUUUGUUUUUUUUUUUGUAAUUUGGUUUUUAUGAUUAUGUAAAUACUUGAAACUUGUUAAAUGUUAUAUAACGAAUUUGCAAUAUGGUUGUAAAUAGGCGUAAUAGGUACAAUAAACGAUUUUAUGUGACA